AUGACCUCUGCUGCUACAUUGGCAUCUGGAUUUCGAAAGCUCCCUCUAUCGCUUGCGCAGCUGUCUCUAGUUGCCGUCUUGCAAUGUGGCCAAUCAUUCAGGUGGUCUGUGUUUCCACUCACUCAAGGUGUUCCAGAAGUGGGCACAGAUACUGCGACGCCUACUCACGAAUAUCGGUUCUGUCUUCAAGACCGCGUAGUGUGUCUUCGACAGACAUCGGACGCUUUGUACUACCGCUCAGUCUGUCCUCCAUCAUCUGAACUCCUCGACGACGAGACCAGAGAAGCGCGAACUUUGUCCUGGAUACGAGACUACUUCCAGCUCGAUAACGAUCUUCUCGAACUUUACGAAGAAUGGAGCGGCCGCGAUCCUGUCUUUCGAAACCUGAGACUCAGAUUCAGUGGGAUACGGAUGCUCAGACAAGAUCCUUUCGAAUGUCUGCUAUCGUUCAUAUGCUCAUCCAACAACAACAUAAAACGCAUAACUAAGAUGGUCAGGUCACUAUGUACAGAAUAUUCUCCGGCUUUACUCUCGCUCCCUCCGCCUGAUGGAGCCGCGGAAGAAUUUGGCAUCGAAGCAUACCAUCCGUUCCCUCCGCCGUCCGCCCUAUCUGCUCCAGAGGUAGCAGCGAACUUACGCAAACUGGGCUUUGGGUACCGCGCAAACUUCAUACAAAAGACUGCCAAAAUGUUGGUUGAUGCCCAUGGUCUAUCGUCCAUAGUUGGGGCCCGACCAGAACCUGCGGAAGAGUGGCUAUUCAAGCUCAGAGCAAUGACGACUGCAGACGCAAGAGCGGAGUUGCUUGAACUCAUGGGCGUCGGUCGCAAGGUUGCGGAUUGCAUCCUACUCAUGAGCAUGGACAAGCCCGAGGUCGUACCUGUGGAUACGCAUGUCCAUGAUAUUGCCAAGAAAUAUUACGGCUUCUCCGGCAGUAAAGCGAAGACCAACAUGACGCCGCAACUCUACGAUAUGAUCAAUACCAGGCUUACAGCUGUCUGGGGUACGCACGCAGGAUGGGCGCAUACAGUUGGUUCACAAACAGCUUGCUAUCUGGUUGUAGCCACUAAUUGA